GGCGGGCGCGGGUCGUGCAGUUCUCCGGGUCGGGCCGCGGGGAGGCUCCGAAAUGGCGGUCCAGCCGAAGGACACGCUGCAGCUGGAGAGCGCGACCGAGGCCGGCUUCGUGCGCUUCUUCCAGGGCAUGCCGGAGAAGCCGGCCACGACAGUGCGCCUCUUUGACCGGGGCGACUUCUACACGGCGCACGGCGAGGACGCGCUGCUGGCCGCGCGGGAGGUGUUCAAGACCCAGGUGGUCAAGUACCUGGGCCCCGCAGGAGCAAAGACUCUGGAGAGUGUUGUGCUUAGUAAAAUGAAUUUUGAAUCUUUUGUAAAAGAUCUUCUUCUAGUUCGUCAGUAUAGAGUUGAAGUUUAUAAAAAUAAAGCUGGAAAUAAGGCCUCCAAAGAGAAUGAUUGGUAUUUGGCAUUUAAGGCCUCGCCAGGUAAUCUUUCUCAGUUUGAAGACAUUCUCUUUGGUAACAAUGAUACAUCAGCAUCCAUUGGUGUUGUGGGUGUUAAAAUGUCUACGGUUGACGGCCAAAGACAGGUUGGAGUUGGGUAUGUUGACUCCACACAGAGGAAGUUAGGACUAUGUGAGUUCCCUGAUAAUGACCAGUUCUCCAAUCUGGAGGCUCUGCUGAUUCAGAUUGGACCAAAGGAAUGUGUUUUACCAGGAGGAGAGACUUCAGGAGACAUGGGAAAACUGAGGCAGGUUAUCCAGAGAGGAGGAAUUCUGAUCACAGAAAGAAAAAGAGCUGACUUUUCCACAAAAGAUAUUUAUCAGGAUCUCAACAGGUUGUUGAAAGGCAAAAAAGGAGAAGAGGUGAACAGUGCUGUCUUGCCAGAAAUGGAGAAUCAGGUAUGUGGAUUACAAAUGUGACCUUAUU